CUCAGAGCUCCGCUCUCUUUUGUGUUUUAUUUUUGUGUUUAUUUCUCUUUGAGUUGGUGUUCUCCAAAUCGCACUCGAGACCUUUUUUCCAUAUCCCAUCAAGUGUUGAGUUGUGAGAGAGAGAGACAGUUUCGUGCUCUGUGCCGAUCAGACGACAGAGUGUUAAUCAGUUGUCGCAGCAAUUAUAGACAUUUUGCCCAGCGUGAGCUUGCAAUUACGGCAAUUAAGACAUUUUUGCGGAGGAAAGAGGAUUUCUGUGUUGUGUUGCCGAAGAGGAAUUAUGCCAACGUCCAUCAUGCAGAAGAAUUACAGUCACUGUCCACUGAAGAAGCGGCCGGUUCACAUCGUCCGCGAGGAGGUGAUAAAGCAGGAAGAACACGAUUCAGACGAGCCUGAGAACUUGAGUACAAAGCCCGAGGACUUGUCCAAGAGUGGCAAGUACCCGAAGAAGCCCACCACUCCGGUGUCAAGGAGUCCCUCGCCACAGAGGCACAAUGUGGCCAUUCCGACACCACAGUACCCAAGUGUGCCCCUGAACUACCACGCGCCCAUCAAGUCAGACGCCCUAAACUACGCGAGUCCCACCAACUGGCACAAGCCCGUAUCCUCGCCGGGCCCAGCGGCCUAUCCGGCGUAUCUUCCGCUACCCGGAUACGUCCUGCCCUUCCCGGGGGAUCACUACGGAAGCAUCUACCCUCACCAUCCGCCAUCGCCCGCGAGAUCCGACCAGCUCUCGCCCUACGCCCAGAGGGACUCCUCUGUUUCACCACCCGCUCAUGGAUUCCUGGCCGCGAGGACACCUCGAGACGCCUCCCUCUCGCCGCCGAUCCUCAUGCAGCCCUACGCCACGGAUCUGCGCAGGAUUCACAACAACAACAAUAACGUAAUCAAGUCCGAGCAUUACGGCCACCACCGCUUCAUGCCCUACCAUCUGGGCCACCACCAGUCGCUGAUGAUGCCCGUGGAUCACUCCUCCCUGUCGCCCACAUCGAGCCACGCAUCGUACAACUCCCUGAUGUCCUCCAGGAGGUCAACUUCGCCAUCCUCGAGCGCCUCGACUCCUGAGGACCUCUCCUCUGGCCACCCGCUGCGCCCGCUGGCCGAGAAGUCCUCCUCAAGUGCCAAUAUCCAGAAAGUGAAGAAAGACAGUGAGAAAUCAAGUGCAAACGGUGCUCCGCGGUAUCAGUGUCCGGACUGUGGCAAGUCCUACUCCACCUUCUCCGGCCUGUCCAAGCACCAGCAAUUCCACUGUCCGGCCGCCGAGGGCAACCAGGCCAAGAAGUCCUUCAGCUGCAAGAACUGUGACAAAGUGUACGUGAGUCUGGGCGCUCUCAAGAUGCACAUCCGCACGCACACGCUGCCCUGCAAGUGCCACAUCUGUGGCAAGGCCUUCUCGCGACCAUGGCUGCUACAGGGACACAUCAGGACACACACUGGGGAGAAGCCCUUCAAUUGCCAGCACUGUCAGCGCGCCUUCGCCGAUCGCUCGAAUCUGCGCGCCCACUUGCAGACGCACUCUGACAUCAAGAAGUACUCCUGCUCAUCGUGCAGCAAGACGUUCAGUCGCAUGUCUCUGCUCACGAAGCACACAGACGGCGGGUGUCCCGGACUCCAGAUGACCAGCCCCGGAUUCACGCUGCCCACCAAGGACAUCAGUGUAUACUGAGGGCAGCUACCGGCGCCCCGCCAACCAAGACUGAUCUCUG